UAUGCAAAAAGGUGACUCAUCGAAUGAAUUCUUCAUCAUUAUAGAUGGAAGUGUCAAUGUUUAUGUACGUAAGAAGUAAGAACGAAUCCAAGCAGAAAUUGAGUUAGAAGAAAACCAACUGAAAACUCUUACCGAGGAAGAAUUAGAAUAACAUCCAAGCACUAUCAUUAAAUUGUAUUAGGCCCCCAAACAAUUAAAUAGAAGACAAACAAUUAAUCUAAAAGAAGAUGAUUUUGAGCAGUAUAGACCAAAUAAGAAUUUAGGAUAGCCAAAUCGUAUAAGCCACGUUAAUUUCUAUAAAAUGAUCGAUAAGAUGUUAAACAUAAAGAUGUUGAAUUAAUCAAAAAAUUAACAUCUGGCCUUGAAAAGAUACCAGACAAAGAUUUUCUUUUUUGUGGAGGAGUAUUCCUACAUGAAUUAGUAGCCUAAAUACAUGAAGGUUAAAUGUUCGGAGAAAGAGGAUUGAUGAUUGAAUCUGCUCGUACUGGAACAGUUAUUGCCAAAACAUCUUUACAUGUAGCCAUACUUACAAAAAAAGACUAUAAAACUAUAUUAGAAGAUAGUCAGUUAGGUAUAUUAUACUAAUAAAUAUAAAAGAGAAAAUUAGAAAAAAGACAAAAUUACUUAGUUUGACAAUAUUAAAGAAUUUAACAUAUAAAGAAGCUGUAGAAAGUUAAUAUAAAUUUGAAAAGGUUCAUUAUCCUAUAAGUCAUUAUAUAUAUAAAAUUGGUGAUGUUCCAUAAUCUUUAAUUGUUAUUAAGAAAGGCACUGUUAAAUUAUUUAAGAAAGAAAAUAAUAAAAUAUUUCCACUUUGUGAAUUAGGAUAAGAUUAAUAUUUUGGUGAAGUGGAAUAUUUUGAAGAUUGUAAUAGAAUACAUAUUGCUUAAGUAACAUCAUAAGAAUUUUCAGCUUAUAUGAUAACAUAUUAAGAUUUAGCAAAAUUAUUUAAUAAUUAUCCAUAAUGUGAAAGAUUAGUAAGAAAAUAAUAUGAAUAAAGACAUAAAAUAAAUGAUUAAAGAAUUAAUAAAAAUUUAAAAACUCAUAAAAAGUUUAGUUAUUCUGAAGAAUUUUCAAAAGAUCUUUAGAAUUUUUAAAAGAAUUAAUCAUAACCAUAAUUAGAAAUAAUUAUACCUAAUAAUGAUAUACCUUAGAGUGAUUUUAAGAUAAAAGAAAAAGCAAAACAAUAUUCUAUUUAAAAAUCUAAAUAUUAAUUAUGUUAGAUGGAUUUUAUUUAGACAACUUAAAAAAAAUUAAAAGCAAUAAGAAGAGUAUAAUAAAAUGAAUAAAAAAAGUAAGAGAUAAUUAUAUAAUAUUUUAGAGCUUAAAUGGAAAAUGAAUAAAGUUUAGCAGAUACUUUAAAUCAUUUAGAAGUUUAAUCUUAAUUAAUUAAGAAAGAAUUUAGAAGAAGAGAAUAACGUAGAUUUAGUUGUAUUACUUUUGACAAAGAAUCUCAAAAUGGUAUUAAUUAAUCUUAAAUUAAUUAAUAACCAUUCUCAAAAACAUCAUAAGGAACUAGACCUUAAACUUUUGAUCGUUAAAGCAGUCUAUCUCAUUAAUUCAAAUAUCAAAAUAUUACUGAAUAAAUGUUAUUUAAUGCUAAACUGCAAUAAUAUGAGAUUCUCGAUGAUUAAUAAAGAGAUAUUAAAACACCUUCUGCAUCAGGAAUAAUGAUCUCUUCGAAACACAAUCUCUUUAGAACAAAACCAAAGAAAUUAUUUUUAAUGAAUCAUUAUGAGAGAAGAUAACCAAAAACAUAUAGCACUGAAUUAUCAAUAAAAACAUUUUUUAAUUGA